AUGAAGAAUAUGUAUACUGUAAUCGUAGUUUUGAUUCUGAUAGCCCUGGCUCAGUUGGGAGCUCAAGAUGUUUAUCCAUACGGUGGGAGUAGUGUGUUACUAUCUAGAAGAAAAAGGUUUCUAGUGUUCCCUGAAGGUAGUUCUUUGCAGCUUGUAUUCUGCCUUACGUUCCCGAAUAUACCGUUGGGCAACAUUAUUCUAUGGGGCUAUACGUCCGCUCUGGCGUACGAGCUUCCUCAAGAUCCGUACUCUCCUUUCGACCACCACGCGGAUCCACUUCAUCGGAGGUCUGACAGCAAAGCCAUUUACUUCACCAAUGAUGACGGGAAGGUGAUUUACAAAAGACCUUAUGAAAGAAAGUUUAUCGUGAAUCCGGCUUUUGCGAAACGGAGUACGGACGAGCUUUCAUCGCCCCAUUUGAAAAAAGGAACGCGAGAUACAUUGAAAAUAGACAGGAAGCAGAUGCACGCCUCGAAAAACAAGCGGGAGUUUUUGAAAAGCGAAAACAUGGAGAGGCGCAGCAUCGAAUUUCACAGGAGCAGCCGCGGCUCCCUUUACCAGAAAAUUGAGACAAUGCUCAGCGGUCUCGGCGGGGAUGGUAGACAGUGCUUGCUAAAGACGCUGUGCCUCGUAGGGCGCACUCGAGACGAACCCCAGGGAACCUUUCUACAGGAGAUACUGAGAGCCGUAUUCACGUUUCCAAAAGGCGAAACCGAUGAUGACUUUUCUGAAGCGUACGAUCGAUCUGCUGAUCUGACGACAUCCUGCGAGGAAGCAUACCCCGAUUGUAGCACGAAUGAAUCGGAGCCUAUUUAG